CGUUUUGUGAAAUGAUAUUAACAGUCGGUGUUUUUGACAGUCUUGAUAAGAUAAGCGUUGAUGAACAGACUACAAAUCCGUGCGACGCGGUGUCUACUAUCAAAUGCACCCAGCGUCGUUGUUAACGUCCAGCGUGCGGCGCUAGCAGGCAGCUUUGUUGACGGAAGUUCCUACGGAAGAAGAGAGGAGCUGCAGCCAUGGUGCGGGCGAAGUCGAGGUAUUUACUGUGCGAAGUGAACGUUUCGGACAAGAGCCGCCUGUUGCUGCUGGAUGACCGAGCUAUUGCUGCGGCAGUGAAGGCAGCGGUGGCCCGCACACACGGGGACUACGGGGCGGCUCUCUGCAGCAUCAGAUUCGCUGUGAAGUAUCUUAAUGCGCACACUGGCAUAGUAUUCCUGCGUUUCCCCAAAAGGUCUUACAAACUCCUAUGGUCUGCAUUACCUUUCAUUACAAGUGUUGAACCCCGCGGGCAGAAAAUCCCUUGUUUCCUGAACUGUUUGCACGUGGGAGGAACAAUAAGAACAUGUCAGAAGUUUCUGAUCCGAUACAACACCCAGCAGCUCCACCGAAUGCUCCCUCAAUGUAAAAAUGAAGAAGAAAGAAAACAGGUUCGCAAAUCAAUUCUUAACUGCUCCCUCAUCGGAGGAAAGAAGGAAGCAUUUAAAGAUGAAUCAGAGAGUGAGGAAGAUGAUGGAGAAGAUUGACUUCACAAUAUGCAGGAAAAAGGCAACAGUUGUGUAAUUCUCCUUGGAUGUCUGGUUCUGACUAUUUAAGGGACUGAUUACAAAAGAAGAUGUGAAGCAUUUGAAAAAGUACAUGCUUUCAUCCUUUCUGUGGAAAGGUGGUUUACUGCAGCUGCUCCGUGGAUUUGCUACUAAAGAAAACAGACUGAGUGUAUGCCUGUGUUCAACAGAGGGACACAUUGCAUAAUGUUUGUCUCAUAAAUAAUUUGGGUUGGUAUUGUGGCCUGAUGGUCAGCAUGAAUAAUGUUUAACAGUCAGUUCAAUUGUUUGACUCUCAGAAUUACAAUCCUGUGGCUGUUUUGGAAAAGUGUCACCAAAAAUAAAACAAAUAUAAAUCACA